GUUUUAUUUUGCAGCUGAGGCCUUAGUGGCGCCAAAAGGGCCUGUGUCUUGGUCUGAAAGAGGAGCAAUGCAACGUCAACCAUCGACUGGAUAUCUUGCAAAAAGUCUUGACGGUGUUUGGGCUGAGAAGGGUGCGAUAGUAAUGUGCAGGGAUGCAGCGGCUUUUGAAAUUCUAUUGCGUCUCAAUGCGAAUAAUUAUGAUAAGCGCUUCAUAGUUGCAACUCUGAACCCGCAAGAUGCCCAGGAAAGGCUGAAUUCUAGUACCGAGAAGCUGUUGUUUGUGAAAGACAUCGCCAAUGCUGAGGAUGAAAUUCAAGCUUGGCUAGACCCUUUCUGCUCGAUCGCAAAAGGUCACACUUUGGAAAAAAAGAAACGCAUACGAGAAGAAAUCCAUACGAGUAGCAGCGAUGAGGACGAUAGUAGUUGGUCUUCCUCUUAAAACGAUCCUGCUAAGGGUUGUGGGGUGCUACUGCAAAGGAGA